AAUCAGAGACUAGACUACCCUUCCUUUUUAAAGGCUCGAUACAAUUCACUAAAGACAUCUCUCUCUCAUGAUUCAUGAAGAUUGAGUUAUUUUUAGUAAAACAUGUGAUCGUAUUCAUAGCUAAUAAAAGGCUACAUAAAUAUAUAAAUGUAGUCAGUGUCUAAUUAUUUAUUACCUAAAUAUUAAAUUUAAAAUUCGGGCGCCCAUAUCAGGUUAAUUAACAUCUCCUGAUUAUCCUACCCACAUCUUUGUUUGUUUCAGAAACAAGUAUCCGACCCGGUAUGACCCGACUCGACCAUCCUUUUCUUUCUGCCAACAAAAUCAUAAAUAAUUUCGAUGCGAAAUAUUAGAAGGCAAAUAUCGAGAAGAAAGCGAGUGCUCUUCUCAGCCUCAGCCUCUUGUCACCACUAACUCCGAGAGAGAAUGGGUUUGAUAUCAUCAGUGAGAGAGACGAAGAACACUAAUAGUAACGGAAGAGGAAUGGGUUUCCUCUUAAUCUUCUUCCCAGACCACAACGACGUCUCUCCUUCUUCUUCUUCUUCGUCUCCGGCGAAGACUCUCUUCCGCUCAAGAUCUUCCCGUCUUCUCCUCUCCAAAGCUCAAUCUACCAUCUCCAUCUGCAUCCUCCUCCUCUUCCUCACCUUGUUCCUCUUCACUCUCUCCACCUUCGAACCUUCUUCCUCCGUCUUCCCCGCCGUUUCUCCCCGUUCACACCGUCGUUUUCUCCUCGCUCGCACCGUCCCCGUCGCUAAAACUCGACCUCUCGCCCUACAGAGGAUGGGCACUCUGUUUCUGAGAGGAACCAAGUGCAUGCACGCUUUGGUCGUCGCUCAUGUCGCUUCCGACACGACUGAGGAAGAUCUCCGCCUCUUCAUGCGCUUGCUUCACCGUUCCGGUGUCACUUCCCGAUCCGACGUCGUUUUACUCUUCAACUCCCCUUCUUCCGUUACUAGACUCACCAAUAUGAUAGAGGAAGAGAACGACUCGUUCUUGAAACUCGUCGACGUUCACCGAAACUCAAACUCCUCUAACCAAAACGGCUCCGUUUUGGGAUUCAGUCUCACCCGUUUCAUGAAGAAGCAAUCCAAGAAGGAUACGUCUGAGCCUAUCUGGGGAAACAAGAGCCACCGAGUCAACGAUUCAGCACUGAACGAGACGACCGAGUCGUUGACUCACGGUUCUGUGGUGGGCUUCGACGUGGCCGAGUUGGACCCGGAGAACUCGCUGUCUGGGUUUAUUGAGCACGUGCCGAUUAGCUUGAGGAGAUGGGCGUGUUACCCAAUGCUGCUCGGACGAGUCAGACGCAACUUCAAGCACGUGAUGCUCGUUGACGCAAAGACCUCACUGUUCGUCGGUGACCCGUUUACCCGGAUACGUAACCGGAGCCCCGAGUCAAUUCUCUUCUUCUCCAAACACAGUAACAAGAAAUUUUCCGACAUUAACCCGGCGGUUUUGAUCGGUGGAGCGAAGGGUAUCAGGAGGUUAUCGACCGCAAUGCACACGGAGAUCGUGAGAGCGGCAAUGCAGCAGCAGCAACACAAGAGAAAGAGCUUUGUGUCGGAAUCUGUCGUGCUGAGUCAACUCGUUGGGAAUGUUCAUAUGACGAAGAACAUUGAAGUCAUUGGUCCGAGUGAGUCAAUAGUGGAAGCGAGUUCGGUGGCUGAGUUAAGGACAAGAAACUCGGCGGCUGCGUCCAUAAAGAGUCAUGAUAUAAUACAACGUGGUAAUAGUAAUCAUCUUGAUAUUAUGGCGAUUAUUAUGAAACGUAUUUGUUCCUAUGAGUUAGAUUCUUCUGUCUAUAGUUACUGUUAGCAUUGUUGUUAUUUUUGGAAACAAAAAGAGGAAAAAUAUACAAAUAAAAUUAGGGAAUAUUUUCGUUUUUUUUGUUUUUAUCUAGUUUUUUGUACACAUUUGACAUUUGUUGUGUUCUUAGAUUUUUUAUUUUACUUUCCAGAUUUAUUUA